CAUACAACGGCAGCUUGAUGUAUCAAUCAUGUCGUUCGGUAGCGGAGGGAAGGAUGGUCCUAUUAUGGCAAGAGCAUCGCAUGGAUCUACAGCAUCUUUGAGCAAUCUAACAUCACAAAAGUCCACUGCUCCUCCGGAAGAGAAUCCGUUUCCGAUUGUUACAUAUAGACAUCUCUUAUCUGCUGGAUCAUUAACGCCAUCCAAUCCAUUACGUGUCAUUGCUCAUUGUGAUGUUGAUGCGGCAUAUGCACAAUUUGAAGCGCAAAGGCUAGGGAUCGACUCGUUUGCCAUUCCUCUUGCCGUUCAACAAUGGUCAGGUUUAAUCGCUAUUGGAUACAAAGCAAGAGAAUUUGGAAUUAAUCGACAUUGCGAUAUUACAAAAGCGAAAGAACUUUGUCCGGAUAUAAUGGCAGUGCAUGUUCAAACGAUUGCACCAGGUGAUAGUGAACCAGGAUAUCAUGCAAACCCAAAACCUGAAACACACAAAGUAUCUUUGGAUCCUUAUAGAAGAGAAUCACGUAAAAUUUUGGCAACCUUUAAAGCAACAUGCCCUUUAGGUCAAGUGGAAAAAGCGAGUAUCGAUGAAAGUUAUUUUGACUUGACGUUAGAAGUACGGAAACUAAUCUUGCACAAUUAUCCACAUUUGAAAAGACCGCCUGAAACUGCUAAAGGGAUGGAUGAACCGCUGCCAACGCCACCUUUGAUAGAAUGGGAUAAUUGUGGUGAAUUAAUGCCGAUCAAAAGAUUGGACGAAGAUGGUGCACCAAUGCAAAACGAAGAUGAAUUCGUUCCUUCACAAGAACAUCAAUUGAUCAAUCCGACAUGGACAGACGUAGCAUUGGCACACGGAGCAGUUUUGAUGACAAAAGUACGUAAAGCUGUUUUGGAACAGAACGGAUAUUCAACAUCUGCAGGAAUUGCAUCAAACAAGACAUUGGCAAAACUUUGUUCAGGCUAUCGUAAACCGAAUAAUCAAACAACCUUAUUGCCGAGAGCGGUACCUGCAUUUCUACGGGAUUUACCCGUUGGUAAAAUUCGAUUCUUAGGUGGAAAAUUAGGCAAAGAGAUUGGAGAUUUAUGGGAUGCAAUAACAGUUGGAGAUCUAUGGAGCGUCCCAUUAGAAUCAAUGCAAGCUCAUUUUGGACCUGAAGCAGCUUGGGUACAUGCAGUCUUGCGUGGCAUUGAUCAUUCUCCUGUUAGUGCAAGGAUCGCGAAUAAGACAAUGUUGGCCUCCAAGAACUUAAGACCGGUGAUCAAAAGAAGGGAUGAAGCAUAUGGAUGGCUGGAUACUUUGUCUACUGAAUUAGUUGCUCGAUUACGCGAAGUAUGGGAAGAUGAACAUGAAGCAUCCAAGAUAGAUGAUCCCAAAGCGAAAUCAACAAUCUUACCAACCUUGUGGCCUAAAUUUUUGGUUUUGAGAUUCAUUCGUGUUCGUGGUGGUCCAAGAUCGCGGCAAUCAGCAUUUCCAUACGUCGACAAUUUGAACAAAAAUGACGUUCUCAAAGUAGCAGAAAGGUUAUGGAAUGAAGCCUGCGAUGAAAUGCGAUUAGGAAUGAAACCUAUUAUGGGAAACGGAGCAGACGCCCAACCGGUCGAAAUUGUUACGAUCGCUUUAGGUUUCAGUGGACUGGAACGUGCUGAAGUUGGUCAAAAAACGAUCGAAGGUUUCUUUGGUGGCGGUAGCAGCGCCAAUAAGAGAAAGAGAGUAGAGGAAGAGAAGGAAGUCAAGGAUGAUAUAGCGAAUGCAAUUGAGGAAGCAGACGAAAAUGUACUUCGGUGGAAGUGUGAUGAAUGCGGUGAGCAAAUAAAACAGCAUAUAUCCGAAAUUACCGAGAGUAUCAGUCCAGUCAAGGAGCAACAGGCUGAAACAGAAGACUUUUUCGAUGAUGAAAACCCGUUUGACAACAUACCCGCAAUGAAAGAAGGAGAAUCAGAUGCAAAAGCUAAUGCUCAGCAUCGAUUAGACAUUCAAAUUCAAGAUCAUAAAGAUUGGCACUUUGCCGUCAAUCUAUCCAAACAAGCAUGGCCAGAAGAAGAGAGGAGUGUUAGCACAUCUAGCAGUCCUCAGGUCAAUCGUUCCACCCCUACUUCAUCUUCAACACAAAGCAAGAAAGUCAAAAAGCCAAAGAAAGGAAGUUUACAGAGCUUCUUUGCCAAACAACAAUCUUCUCAACAGUGAAGAAGAUUCAUCUGUACUAUAGACAAGCAUGUCCAAUAUUGUAUACUAGCAAAUCGAAUAAUUGUCAAACAAGUUUUAUUGACCGAACUGUACGUUUCUGUGCCUGAACGGUACCUGAAUAAUGAAUGAUGAGAAAG